AUGUUAUUUGAGCCAGAAUUUGAUGUAUUAGAACUUGAAGCACUUUUCUCCUCUAUAUACCUUAAGAAAGAUGACUCUAUAAAGGCACCACCUUCUUUAAUAGCUCUCUCCAAACGGAACUCCUUUGAGGAAAUCCGAAGACGUCCAGAUACGGAAAGGGUCCAAGAACAUGAUAUUCCAGAACUCGGGAAGCCAUCCUCUUUAAAACCUUUGCCUCUUUCAUCACCUUCGGCGUAUAGAACUCCACCACAUCGAGGGGCACCUCCACCACCACCACCACCCGGAGGAGCACCUCCAUUUCCACCUCUACCUAGAGGAGUGCCUCCACCUCCACCCCCACCUGGAGCACCUGCACCUCCUCCGCCACUUGGAGGAGUGCUCAGACCUCCACCACCACCUAGAGUCCCUGGACCGCCAGGUGGCCCUCCAUCUCCACCAAGUCGUCAAGGUGGUGGCCCAGGUAGAGGGAGAGGACGAGGAGGACUUCAAGUAAAAAAAUCCAAUUUAAAGCCAUUGCAUUGGAACAAGAUAAGUAAGGCAUUGGCAGGAAGCUUGUGGACGGAAUUUCAAACUAAUAAUGACGCCCAAAGUGUGCCAGGUUUUGAUAUGUCAGAAUUUGAGACACUUUUCUCUGCAAUAGCCCCAAAGGCUGCCAAAAAGGAAGAUAAGAAAAACACUUCUAGUUCAAAACCUGAAGUUGUCCAAUUGGUUGACCUGAGGAGGGCCUCUAACAUGGAAAUCAUGCUUACCAAGAUUACGAUGCCGGUUCCUGAGAUAGUGGAUGCAAUUUUAACUUUGGAUGAGAGAAAACUAAACAUUGAUCAAGUGGAAAAUAUUUACAAAUUCUGUCCUACGAGAGAAGAGAUGGAGAAACUCGAGCGUUAUAGAGGAGACAAGAAACUACUGGGCAAGUGUGAACAGCAUCUCCUGGAGCUAAUGAAGGUGCCACGUAUAGAAUCAAAAAUGUUGGUUUUUCUGUUCAAAACUGGAUUUAGCAAUCAGCUUGCAGAGUUUAGGAAGAGCCUAAACAUAGUAAACUCCACAUGUGACGAGUUACGGACGUCUGUUAAGUUGAAGGAAAUCAUGAAGAAAAUUUUAUAUAUGGGGAAUACAUUAAAUCAAGGAACUGCCAGAGGUGCUGCAGUCGGCUUCAAGUUGGAUAGUCUUUUGAAACUGACUGAUACACGAUCUUCAACCAGCAAGAUGACUUUAAUGCAUUAUCUCUGCAAGGUCCUUGCCUCCGAUUAUCCCACCCUUUUAGAUUUCCACAAGGAUCUUGUUAGCCUAGAAAGUGCAACCAAGGUACAAUUGAAAGUUCUAGCAGAAGAUAUGCAAUGCUUUAUCGUUGGACUGCGUAAAGUCAAGCUGGAACUAGAUGCAUCCGCGGAAGAUGGCCCAAUAUCUAAAGGUUUUCAUGAGAUGGACCGUCUUACUUUUUGUAGAACACUGAUUUAA